AUUGCCUAAAAUCUUAGCCUGACUAACCUCGGUACCAGUCCAAAGAUUAGUUCCCGUCCGCUGAGCCUUUGUUGGGGGUUGAAGACCCUACAAAAAGCAAGGACAGAUCUCUCCUCUUCAAAAAGCUAGAACAAAAAUAUCUUUGUCCCAUAGUUUCUACCCUUUACUCAACCCCUCUCCUCUUCACUUCAUUCUGCAGCUCAGAUCUCUCGUUUCUUCCAUCUCUCUCCGUAACAUAGAAAAAAAAGAAUGAGCAAACAAGACUUCAGAAAGCCUCAGCAGGCUUGUGUUCUCAGAGUGAGCAUACAUUGUGAUGGGUGUAAGCAGAAAGUGAGGAAGCUGUUGCGGAAAAUUGAGGGGGUGGAUUCAAUCAAAAUAGAUGCAGAACAGGGGAAGGUGACUGUGAUAGGAAAUGUGGAUCCAGCUACACUGGUAAACAAGCUUGAGAAGUCAGGGAAACAUGCAGAGCUAUGGGGAGGCCAAAGGGCUUCAAUUAACCAUCUCAACAACCAGUUUCAAAACAUGCAGAUUGAUUUUGGCUCAAAGGGUAAAAAAGACAUCAAGCCUCAAAAAGUUGGGAAGGACCACCAGCAAAAGGGUGGGAAACAAUUCCAACAGCUGAAGCCACAAGAAAAAGAGUCCAAAGGUUUCAAGUUUCCCCAAUUUUUCAAGAACACAAAGAAGCCCUCCAAAGAUAAGAAAUCUGUCAAGUUCAAUUUGAAACAUGGUCAUGAUCAUGAUCAUGAUGAGGGUGAGGAGGAUUGUUGUUCUGAUGAUUUCGAUGAGUUUGGUGAGGAUUUUGAUGAUGAUUAUGGGUAUGAUUUCCCACAGAAAACACCCACUAAGAAGAUACCAAUAAUGGGUAAUGGACAUGGGCCACAUGGGCCAAUGGGGAUGAUUAAUGGGCAUGUAAUGAGUGGACAGAAGGGUGGGGGAAAUAUUGCUGGGAAUGGCAAAAAAAGUGGUAGUUUUGAUCUGCCUAUUCAAAUGAAGGGGAUGCAUAAUGAUGGGAAGAAUGGCAAAGGCGGAAAGCAAGGUGGCGGUGGCGGUGGAGGAGGAAAUAACAAGGGAGGUCAUAAAAAUCAGGCUGGUAAAAAUGGUGGGGGGUUAGCAGGUGAGGGUAAAAAUGGUAAGGGGAAUAAUGAUAGUGUUUUUGUUGGUGGGAAGGAUGAUCAUAGUUGGGGACCUACUUGGGGUACUAAAGGAGGAGGAAAGAGUGAUGGGAGCCAUGUAAUGAGCAACAUGCAAUCUGAGUUCCAUGACAGGAAUAUCAAUGUCAAUCACCAAGGGUUAGGUGGGAGGAAUAUGGGUCAGAUGGGUCAAAUGGGUCAGAUGGGUAACAAUCCAAUGGGCCACAAUAUGGGUCAAAUGGGAAAUUAUCCAAUGGGUCAGAUGGGCAAUACUCAGGCAGUACAAGGACUACAGGCUGCCGCGAUGAGCAGCGGAUAUUAUCAAGGUAUGGGGCAAGGAAACCCUAAUUUCAACCAACAACAAUACAUGGCAAUGAUGAUGAAUCAGGCCCGGCCCAGCGGCAACAUGUACCCACAAAUGAUGUACGCCCGGCCACAACCGCCGAUGGGUUACGGGCCGUACGGGCCUCCAGCGGGGCCUCCGGCGGCAAACGAUAAUUUCACUCACAUGUUCAGUGAUGAGAAUACUGAGAGUUGCAGUAUCAUGUGAUGAGUAGUUCUAGUCUAGUUUGAUUUUGCUGUGUUGGGUUUGUGCCUCUCUAGUGGUGUGCUUCAUUUGUUCCAACAAAAUGAUGUUUGCAGCUGAGAAUGCCACAUGCCUAUUUUGCUUCUCUCCUUUCCUUUGUAAAAAAGGACAAUGUUAGUUUUCCUUAUAGACUGGGAAUUCAAUUAAGGGUAUUUUAGAA